AUGGCGGCGGGGCGUGUGCUUGGUUUCGGUCAUGCUCUAGGUGGUGCGGCUGCCGCUUUCAGACCAUUCUCUACGCGCACAGGGCUCAAGAUGGCCGGAGGAGGCUCGGGGCUGCUAUUCUCCGCAGGAGUGAUAGGGGGGGCGAACCUCAUCGGCUUCGGAGUCACGGCGACCACCAAGACUCACAAGGUGACAGACUUAACCGGAGCCGGGGCCUUCGUCCUGUCCGCUGCGGCGUGUGCGUGGAAAUCGGGGUCCUUCCGAAGCGGGGCCAUUCGGCCUCUGUUGCUCAACGUGGCUGUCGGGGUAUGGGGUGUUCGGCUGGCAUCGUACCUCUUUGCGCGUAUUAUCAAGACGGGCGAGGACCAGCGGUUGGCUAGGUUUUUCCCUGGCAAGGAUGAAGGGUGGCUGGACAGCGCUAGGUCGUUGUUCCCGGUUAACCUGGCUGGCUUCUGGACGAUACAGGCGAUGUGGGCCUGGGUGGUAUCGCUACCGGUUACCCUUGCCAACUUCUCGCCGGCGAGGGCGGUGCCGAUGGGAGUGGGAGGGUGGGCGUGCCUUGGUCUAGCGGCCACCGGGUUAGCUGUGGAGACGGUGGCGGACUACCAGAAGUUUCAGUUCAAGAAUGAUCCCGACAACAAAGGGAAGUUCAUGACCUCCGGGCUGUGGAGCUUGUCACGACACCCCAACUACCUGGGAGAAAUGGGUGUGUGGUGGGCUAUUCUCGGCGUGGCCCUUCCCGCGUUAAGGGGGCCCGGAAGAGUCGCGCUUGGGUUCGCUAGCCCGGCGUUCAUCACCGCCCUCAUCAUGUACGUGAGCGGAGUCCCCAUGCUGGAGCAGCAGCACGACGAGAAGUACGGCGGCGACCCGAGGUAUCGCGAAUGGAAGGAGAACACGCCCAUGAUCCUGCCCGACAUGUCCAAAGUGUGGCGGAGUGUCUUCUUCUGACGAAAGCACAUGAGCUUUCUGGCUAGGAUAUGGUGUUCCGGGAAGAAUGGUACUCGGUGUGCAACAAACGUCUUGAAUUCUGAAAGAGGCUUGUUGUGCCCACAGCUUCUGAUAGGACAGCCCUUGGCUUUGGAGAGACCUAGAUGGUCAUGUACAUACGUAUUCGUUCCUGCGGCAAAGCAAGACGAGAAAAAAAUCGGGAGCGGAAGCCUUGUUUGUUUCUGUACAGUAAAGUAACUGGCGCCAGGUACGCUAGAUAAAUGAGAUGGCAGAGCAACCACACUUGCUCUGACUGCUGUGUCAGGUAUUUCAUAGACUCGGGCGAACAGCCAUAUAAGAUAUGUGCGCCUUGCAUCCCGUAUUACAUUUCUCCUGCCGUAGUAAAGCCUUUCAUUCCUUCAACGCGAGAGUGAAGCUGUUCGUGGUGGGGUGAAUGGUUUGUUUUUCUGCACUUUUUGUCAGUGCUUCGUAUGCUGCGUACGGUUAAUACCAUCCCCAAUUUUCUUGUGAAACACCCGCACGCGCGAGGGCCAUUGAAGGACACAAAAUGGCGAGUUGCGUGCCCCUGUGUGUCGGGCCUCUGGCGAGGAGGCGCAAUUCGCAUCUCUGUGGCCAUGCUCUCGUCGUCCCGACAGCGGAAGAAAAUUGUCCGCGUUCACAUUUAAAUGCGUUUCAUUCUCUGCUCAGCGCAUGGGGGUUACUUCUCUUUUUUCUCGUUGGUCAUUGAUCGGGCCGUUGGACGGGUAGACUAUUUGUGGG